GUUUACAUUUAUCAGCUGUUGUGAGUUAGUGUUGUGCUAUGCAGGAUGUGAUGACUAGAGCCGCUUAGAGACAGAAAGGACGCCAGGACCACAAUUGCAAGAGGAAAUUAGGUGAUCAGGAGCAAAAGGCGAGCGCAGGUGAAGAGGAAGAGUGUACAUCCAGGAUGUGCUGCUGGCUGGGAUGUUUUAGCUGAGGCCAGGAAUGGAGGUGUAGCAGCAGUGGUGGUGGUGGUGGUGGUGGUGGUGUUGGUGGAAUAUGAGGUUUGAGUGAGACAUGAAUCUGCAAUCAAUGUUUCGAGACUUCAAUCCUGGUAAGUUCAUCGUGUGGGUGUGUGUGGCGACCUUCACGGCUCUGCUCUCCUUGCGGCUGGAUGGGGAGCUGGACUGGAGUUACUGGGUGGUGUUCUCCCCCAUCUGGCUGUGGAAGGGCCUGGUGGUGCUCGGUGCUCUGGUCGGCAACAUUGUGUGGUGGAGGAACCCUCACUACAGACUAGAGGGGCAAUCUUACAUCCAAUACCGGGCACUCCUGAUUUCUCUUGGCCUCCAUCUGUUCCUGCUAAUGUUUGAAGUCCUAGUGGCUGACAAGCUGGAGAACCACCGUCAUGCCUGGGUGUCUGUGUUCGCGCCCCUUGUCCUCAUCUCCAUCGUCUCCAUUGCUGCCUGUAUCUGGGCUGUCAAGCAUGAUAGGUCUUUUGAGCUUGAACUGUUCUGCUCGGUCAACUUGCUGCAGUUCAUCUUCAUCGCGCUGCGUUUGGACGAGUACCUUCACUGGCCUUGGGAGAUCGUGUUUGUGCCGGCCUGGAUCCUCCUCUGUGUGUCUGUGGUCGCCGUGCUUUACUCCAUCAUCUUCGCAGGACUUCUCUUAAGGAUGCCCGACGUGAACCCUGACAGGCGCCGCACGUCCAUGAACUCCGCGAUAGGAUACACAUGUCUUGUCGCGCCCCUCUUGAUUUUCCUGAUUACCUUGGCCAGUAAAUUGAAUGGGAAUACAUCAGCGACUUAUACAUCUGUGGUGUCUCCACUGUAUAUUUCCUACGCCACUUUGCUGCUCAUGUCCUUUACCACCAAGCGCGCCAACCAGUGGUGGUUCGGACUGCGCAAGGACCUCUGCCAGUUCCUCCUCGGGGUGUGUCCUCUGCUGCAGGAGUACGCCAACAUAUCCUACAGCAUCCCACACCUUGAGGACUCCCGCACAGGACUCCAACAGCCCCCCACUGACCCUGGCGUGCUAACCAAUGAGAAGAGAGAUGUGGUGGCAUCCUCUCGGCGCCUUGAGCAUAGAGUGGUAGUGCCGGCUCUCAGUCUCGAGGUGCCAGAUUAGUCCAGGGAGUCAAGUGCCUGAUGGGAGUGCCAGUGGUAAUUUAUUAAAGGUGCCAGGCUAUAUUUUACAUUAGGAUUUUAGGGUUUUUAGGGUUUUUAGGAUGUUUGUGUUGUUUUUAAAGAUUAUUUUUUUAUUUUUUGCUGUUUUAGGGUCACUGAAAGUUCAUUGUGCCUUCCUAAACAUUGCUAUACCUUGUCAAACAUUGCUACACACUCCCAAACACUACUACACCUUCACAAACAGUACUACACUUUGCUAAACACUUCUUCACUCUCCCAAACACUGGUAUACCCCCCAAACACUUCUACACCCUCCUAAACAGUCCUAAACAUUGCUACAUCCUCCCAAACACUACUACACCCUCCCAAACACUGUUACGCCCUCCCAAACACUGCUACACCCUCCCAAACUUAAUUUCACUCUCGCAAACACUGCUACACUCUCCCAAACACUUCUACACCCUCCCAAACAGUACUAAACAUUGCUACACCCUCCCAAACACUCCUACUUAAAGACUGAUUCUAGGAAAUUUAUGUUUUAAAAGUUAGUUUAUUGUUUUAUUCUAGGAAAGGCAAAGUUUGUGUGUUAUUUCAAAGGUUAGUUUUUUCACUUAAGUUACUCAUUAAAGAUGAUUUUAGGCUGUUUUAGUUCAUUUUUUUAGGGUUUUAGAGAGAGUGUAUUGUUUUAAAGUUUUUUUUUUUUUUUUUUUGCUUUUUUGAUGUUUAAAGAAGGGCAGGAUAUUUUUUUAGUCAUUUUAGCUUAGAUUUUUAGAGGUUUAAGGAGUUUGUGUAGUUUUAAAGGCUAUUUAUUUUUAUUUAUGGGUUUGUUUUAUGUUCAGUGGCAGUUUAGUGGGAAGAUAUAGCCUGAAUAGUUUUUAGUUAUGAAUGAAUGAAUGUUCUAUUUUCUUAUUUAUUUUGAUUAUUUAUUUAUUUAUUUUUUUUCAAGUCAUGCAAAUUACUCUGGCACAACAAAUAGAAGGUAGUAUUAAUUUUAAGCUUAGUUUUAAGACAUCAGACAGUUUAGGGGAAGUUAGGCCUGUAAUAUUUAGUUUAGGUACAAAACACCUUAUUUUAGAGUACACAUGGCCACUGUAUAGAAGUAUAUGUGUGUGUAAGUGUAUGACAGGUGUGUGAUUAUGAAUGCCAGUGUGGUGACGGAUGUAGUGAAUGACUGGUAUGUAUAGGUGAGUGUGUGUGUGGGUGUGUGUGUGUGUAUGACAGAAAGUGUAUGGUGAAAGAAGUUAUGUAUGAAUGGUUGAUAGUGAUGUGUGUAUAGUGUAUGACUGUGUGUAUGAGUGCAUGAUAGUGUUUAGAAAGUGUAGCAUAUCACCUUUUGGUCUGUAUGGUGAAAGAAGUUACGUAUGAAUGGUGGAAAAAUUGUUUGCCUUAUUGUGUAUAGUGAAAAGGUUUUUGAAGAAUUGUUUGUAUUAUAAAUAGUUUCUCAUUUGAAUUGCGUGUUUUGUCAUUUGAAUUUCUGAAUACGUAUGAUUUUAGUUACGUAUUGUCAGUUAAGAUUUUUUUUUUAAGUUCUGUAGAUUGUAUUAGUUGUAACUCAUCAGUGUCUUAAUUAUCAUAUCAUUAUUGGUCACUAUCAUCAUUAUUAUUGUUAUCAUUCAUGUAUUGUUACAUAUCAUCAUCAUUAUUAUUACUUUGUAGUUACUGUCAGUUAUUACUAGUAUUAUGGCUAGUAAUACAUACAUACAUACAUACAAACAUACACACAUACAUAUAAACCACACCUUUUUAUAAUCAUCAACAGUUAUUAUUACAUUUAUUAUUACUACAGGUUAUUACUGCAUGUAUUCAGUUGUAUUCAGAUUACUAUUAGUCCAUUACGGUGACAUCAGACAAGAUGGGGCUGUGAUGUCCAUAAGCCAUGACAAUACAGCAUUGUUUCCUGUCUACAGUCUAAACUCGGCUUAUUUUCUGCAAUGUAAACUUUCCCACUCACUCAGACUGCUUCUCAAAUACAAGAAAUGUGUAUUUUUA